AUGAACAUCCUUCCCUCCAUCUCGCGCCUCAAACUCUCUCCUACUGCACCGCCGCUGCCACUCGCCGGACUCGCCGCCUCUUUCCCCUCCCGACUGCCGGCCCACCUCCCUCUAGCCCUCAGACCCACCACCAAUUCUCCCUCCCUCGCCGCCGCCACGCGUGAUCCGGUAACGGCUGCUUCCCCGCCUACCGCGUCGAACCAAGACGACGAAUUCGACAACUACGACGAGGACGAGACCUACGGCGAGGUGAGCCGGAUCAUCGGCAGCCGAACCGCGGGCGGGAACCGAAUGGAAUACCUAAUCAAGUGGAAAGACGACCACGCCCCCACGUGGGUCCCCUCCAAUUUCAUCGCCGCAGACGUCGUCUCCGAGUACGAGACCCCCUGGUGGACCGCCGCCAAGAAGGCCGACGCCGCCGCCCUCGGUGACCUCCUCUCCUCCUCAUCCGGCCGCGACGCUGACGCCGUCGACCGCGACGGCCGCACGGCCCUCCUCUUCGUCUCCGGCCUCGGAUCCGAGCCGUGCGUCCGGCUGCUGGCGGAGGCCGGGGCCGACGUCAACCACCGCGACCCCUCCGGCCUCACCGCCCUGCACAUGGCGGCGGGCUACGUCCGGCCCACAGUCGCCGAGAUCCUGAUCCAGUACGGUGCCGACCCAGAGGCUGCAGACAACCGAGGCCGGGCUCCUCUAGAUCUGGCGCGGGAGAUCCUGGCGGCCACCCCCAAGCUGCAGUUCGGGCGGCGGAUGGGGCUGGAAGCGGUGGUUCAGGUGCUGGAAUCGGCCGUGUAUGAGUUUGCAGAGGUUGACGAGGUAUUGGAGAAGAGAGGGAAAGGGGAGAAUAACAUGGAGUAUCUGGUGAGGUGGAGGGAUGGCGGGGCAAACGAGUGGGUGAAGGCAAAGCACGUGGCGGAGGAUUUGGUGAGGGAUUUCGAGGCCGGGGUGGAGUACGCGGUGGCCGAGCGUGUGGUGGAUCGGAGGGAAGUCGGAGGAGAAGAAGGGGAAAGGAGAAGGGAGUAUUUGGUGAAGUGGACGGAUAUCGAGGAGGAGACUUGGGAACCCGAGGAGAAUGUCGAUUCUGAGUUGAUCAAUGAGUUUGAAGGGAAUGUGGGGAAAAAUGAGGUUGAUAAGGCAUCCUCGUGA